CCAAUAACAUUCUUACAUCGUUUAAGAUUUUUUUUACAAUCUCAACUUUUGCUGUAAGAAAAGUAGAAACUCAGAAGCAACACCAACUCUCCACAGUUACAAACGAAAAACCAAUCACAAGCACCCAAAAAUAAACCACCAUCAAAAGAAGAAAAACAAACAAACAAACAUGGAAGACCCAAACAGAGCCGAAGCCGAACGCUUACUCGGAAUCUCCGAGAAGCUCCUCCAAACCCGAGAUCUCACCGGUUCGCGCGACUUCGCGAUCUUAGCCCAAGAAACCGAGCCGCUCUUGGACGGCUCAGAUCAGAUCUUGGCCGUCACCGACGUCCUCUUGGCCGCCGAGAAGCGCAUGAACAACCACCACGACUGGUACUCGAUUCUCCAGCUCGAUCGCCGAUCGGACGAUCAGGAACUCAUCAAGAAACAGUACCGCAGGCUCGCGCUGCUCCUCCACCCGGACAAGAACAAGUUCCCUCUCGCAGAUCAAGCUUUCAAGCUCGUCGCCGACGCUUGGGCCGUCCUAAACGACACGGCGAAGAAAGCCCUAUACGACAACGAGCUCACCCUGUUUUCGAAAGUCGAUCUCACCUCGGUUUUGCAGGCGAAAUUGCCGGUUCGCCGCAACAUGAGGCCGAGUCCGAGUACUACUACAGGUAACAACAACAGCAAUAUCACUAGUAGUAGCAGUAAAAAGGAUCAGAGGCACGGUAAUAAUAGCAGUAGUAGUAAUAAUAAUAAUAACAGUAGUGGUAAUUUUCACCAGGAAGAUCAACGGCUGAGGAUGUCGAGUUUCUGGACCAUGUGUCCGUACUGUUACAAUCUGUUUGAGUAUCCUAGGGUUUACGAAGGUUGUUGUUUGAGGUGUCAGAAUUGUCAGAGGGCUUUUCAUGCGGCGGUUAUUCCGUCUUUGCCGCCGGUUGUUCCGGGCCAGGAUGCUUACUAUUGUUGUUGGGGUUUUUUCCCUAUGGGGUUCGUGGUUGGAAAUUCGGAUCAGAACAAUAGUAAUAGUAAUAAUAAUAAUAGUAAUACUAAUGCAACGAAGACUCCGCCGAGUGCGGCGGCGGCAGCCCCAACUAGUGGGGCCACAACGUUCCCGAAUUGGAUGCCGCAGCCGCAAGAAAGCGGGAGAAAUGGCAGCGCGGUGGUGGCUGCAGCGGCCGCGGGGGAGACGAGAAAUGCUGUGAUUGUGAAUUUGAAUGGGAAUAAUAAUAAUAAUAAUAAUUUGGGGAUGAGGGUGCCGAAGAAGAGAGGAAGGCCGCGGAAGUAUUCGGUGCAAUCUUGAUGAUUGGUGUUGCUGGCUGGCAAUUUGGAUGAAGAAUGAAGAUGCUCGGAAUUGGGGAAACUUAAGAGUAAAUUUCACAAUUGGUAGUUGAAGUUUGUUGGAGCACCAUGGAUGUUUGGAAGCUGGAAUUAUUUAUUUAUUUAUUUAUUUUGAUUUUAUAAAUUGACUCUAUUUUUGUUGUAUUGUAACUUAAUUAAAGGCCCCACAGUUAGCCAGCUAAAUCAAACUAAUAAAUUUACCACAUUGUAAAAGCAUUUCCUGUGAUUUGCCGACUCCGGCAAUUAGAAAUCCAUGUCAUGUUGUUGGGUCAUGUGAGCUAUUGUACAUCAUGUGGCCCUAUACUUGGACAGCUUGUUUGUUUGUCCCCUGUAAAGCUUGUUUUGAGAUUCUCUAAUAACUAUUCUAAACCUGUAUGUUUCGCACAUAACUAGAUGGUUAGGACAGAAUGAUUUGUGAAUGAUGAUAAAUCAAAAUGGCAUUUUCUUUUGCCUUCAG